AUGCGUUGUGUGAGCUGGUUGCUGCUGGGGACCUGCCUGCUGGUCCUGGGCCCCGCGGUGCAGGGAGCCCCGGGCCAAUGCCCCAGCCAGUGCCACUGCCACGGUGACCUUCAGCACGUCAUCUGUGACAACGUCGGGCUCAAGAAGAUCCCACAGGUGUCGGAGGUCACCCGUUUGCUGAACCUGCAGAGGAACAACCUGGGCAGCAUACCCACAGGGGCCUUCAGCGAAAGCAAGGGACUCAUCUCUCUGCACAUGCAGUACUGUCAGCUCCGAGAGAUCGGAUCCCAGGCCUUCAAGGGGCUGAAGAAGCUCAUCUACCUCUAUCUGUCCAACAACGAGAUCAACAGCAUCAAGACCGGCGCCUUCGAGGACCUCACUGAGCUCACCUACCUCCAUCUAGACGGGAACCAGAUCAGUGACCUGUCCAAAGGCCUCUUCUCCCCUAUGAUCAACCUCUUUAUCUUGCAGCUCAAUGACAACAAGCUGCGGGAGCUGCGGCCGGGGACCUUUACAGGUGCCAAAGACUUGCGCUGGCUGCACAUGAGUGGCAACGAGCUGACAACCCUACUUCCGGGCUCUCUGGACGAUGUGGAGAACCUCGCUAUACUUCACCUGGACAGGAACAAGAUGUCCACCUAUCCCAGUGCGGCAAUGAGCAAACUGCGGGUGGUGGAGGAACUCACACUGGGGAGGAACCCCAUGAGGACCAUCCCAGACAACGCCUUCCAGAGCUUUGGGCGCUACAUGGAGAAACUAUACCUGGACAACAUGGGCCUGGAGAGGUUCUCUGACGGUGCGUUUACUGGUGUGACGGCAGUGAAGACUCUGCACCUGGACAACAACAAGCUAAAGUCUCUUCCCAAAGGCCUCGAGUUUGGCACCAUCACCAACCUCACCCUCUCCAACAACCCGUGGAACUGCACAUGUCAGCUAGCCCCACUGCGCAAGUGGAUGGACUCCACCCGCAAACCUACGGACGCAGUGUGUGCUUCUCCGCCCCAGCAGAAAGGCAAACAAAUCAGAGACAGCAACGUCCUCAUUGGCUGCAAGGUCAAGGCAAAGAAAGCCAAAAAGGUACCAAAAGAGCAACGUCACUGAACACGCAGCUGAACAGGAGACGCCAAGGAGGAGCCCGUCCAGGUGACCGGCUACACUUGCAACGAAAGCAAUGCUAACCCAAUCUACUUCAAGACUGUCCAUCUAUUCAUCUGCCAAAUGUCACGAGUGUAAACACAGACAAAAGCAUUUAUAGAUAAACAUGUCCUCUGUCUCUCACACCCAAACACAUGAAGACCUUAAUGGACCUUUCACUUCUAUUCAUUUAUAUCAAAGAUGAAGACUUCAGUAUAAAGUGGAGAUCUACAACAUUAAGGUAACCAUCAAAACAAAGGGUGCAUUUGAGCAAAUGCAGGCUAUAAAAAGCACAAAGAACAUAUUCUAUAUUAUAUCUAUAUUAAUGUAGUAAUUGUCCACUUGAGGAGGGAAUGGAACAAAUUUAAAACAGUGUAGACAUUGAGGAGAAAGGAGCAACGUGAUCAUUCAUUUGGAGUCGUGCUUGGAAACGAGGCUAAUUAACAGCACUGAGAGUGAACCAAAACACUGAAGUUGCAGAACAGAAAAAUGCUAAAAGAGGCUAAAAAUCUCAAUAGAGCUGUAGCGUGUCUAAAGUGAAAGUGUUGCUCCUUUAUUUUGGUGGUUAUCUGCUAAGAAAAAAAAGACAGAUAUGGCUCGAAAUGAGAUAAAGAGGCAGAAUAACACAUCUAAACUAUGAGGGCUUAUUUAAUAUCCUCCAGCUGUCACUCUGGCAGACAUCGACAAGCGUUUGCCCUCCUUCCUUUCUAUUUUGUCAUGUCAGUCUUACACCCUCACUGACCAAGAGAACAUCACUUCACACAAGAAGGAUGCAGCAACUGAAGACCUUUCACCAAGAAGUUUCAAGAAACUAAAACUUUGAAGAUGUGGGUAAGCAGAUAAAAUACGUACAACUUCCAAGCUGCAUUUGUCUUAUAUUUCCAUUUUUCCUGUAUGAACGUCUUCUAAGAUCUACAAAACUGGACUUAGCUCAACGGCGUACGACUGAAACAAUUAAUAGGUUGAACUGAGUCAUCGUGUUGUCAUCGUUUACUGCAAAUUAUUUGUAUUACACUUCACAUUUUCUGAACUUCAAACUGGAAGAAAAAAUGAAUCACAUCACCUGUGAGGGUUUCUGACUUGUUGACUUUACGCAUCUCUCAUGUAUAUUCAAUGUAUUUACAAUGCCUGGACUUUUGGAGGUGGUCACAAGUGCUCACAUCCAAUAAAUCUUUUACACAGUGAA